AAGAAGAAGAGCAACGGCGCUGUAGUGAGAAGAGCGUGUUUGUGCUAGGCUAACACAACCCAGAAGCUAAAAUGGAUUUAACUGAGCAGAUCAACCAGUUGGAGGCAGACUUGAUGGAAAUGGGUUCACUCUUGGAAAAAUCGGAGAGGAAACGUGUGCAGGAGCUGUUAAAGCAGGAGCAGAAGAAGGCGGAGAAGGAGCUUUCAAGCAAAAAACAACAGAAGGAGCAACAGGCCAAGAGACAAGCAGACCCAUCUGCAGCCUCUAAAGCAGCGUACACAGUCAAGAUCAACAACUAUGCAUGGGACCAGUCAGAUAAAUUUGUAAAAAUUUACCUCACACUGAAGGAUGUGCACAAAAUCCCAUCAGAAAACGUGGAGGUCAACUUCACAGAAAGGUCCUUUUCGGUUCUGGUGAAGGAUCUUGAUGGGAAAAACCAUCAAAUGAAAAUCCUCAAUCUGUCAUAUCCAAUCGAUGAAAAGGAAAGCUGCAAAAAGAUAAAAACAGACAUGAUCCUGGUCAUGUGCAAGAAGAAGACAACAAAGAAGUGGGAGUGCCUAACGAAGGCGGAACUGCAGUCUAAAGAGAAAGAAAAACCCAGUGCGGCGGAGACUGCAGACCCCAGCGACGGCCUGAUGACUAUGCUGAAGAAGAUAUACACCGACGGAGAUGACGAGAUGAAGAGAACCAUCAACAAAGCCUGGUCAGAGUCCCAGGAGAAGAAGAGCCGAGGAGAAGACGCGCUUGACGUGUAAACUGCACCCACUUCUAUUCCGCAAGCGAAAAUAAGUGAGAUCUUCCAGGGCUGCAGCGGACAUGACUUGAAUAUCAAACGCUAUAACUGACGUCCAAGUAUAUAAAUCACACUUUCACAAUAUGUAAAAUUUAGAUAUACAGCUCAUAAAUAAAGAGACAUGAGUAAUUGUUUAGCCCUGGAUGGCCUCAGCUUUGAAAACCAGGUUGCAAAUAGUCAUAAAUCAUAAAGCUGUUAAUAGAAUAGAAUCACACAAUUGUGUACAAACACAAAAGUGCUGAUGAUGAGGCAGCAGCCUAAAUAGCAAGAAGUCACACCGAUUCAUCACCUACCAUAAAGCAGCCAUUUUCUUCCCAAGAUGAAUAUCUUGUAAGUUGUACAUGAUUUCAACUGGAUCAGGGAAAUUGAAAAAUUGUUGACUUGAUCUGUUAAGUCACCUGCUGAUUUGUUGUAGCUAAACUGAUGUUGAGUGUGUUUUCUCGUGAUCAUUUGCUUAAGUCACCUUCACAUUCCUUAAAUGAAGACGACCAGAGGACAUGUCAGUCUUCAGAUCAGCCUUUUGAUUUUUUUUGUCAUUCUAUAAAUGGACCAUACUGAUAUUUGCAAAUAUAUUUGUGUAAUGUGCUUUACUCGUGUUAAACUGUGCAAAACUCAAACAUUUAUUUCAAUUCUUUAAAGUGAUUUUCCUACUAUGAUUUCUAUGGUUCAACUUUUUUGCAUCGUGGUUUGUCUCCAAUAUUUGUGAAUAUGUACAAAUUGACUUUUUAACUAAGUUGAUAUUUUGCUUUGGUUGUUCAUGUAAGUCUUAUGUGUAAUGUUGCCCGCCCUCAGGUUGUUCAUGCAGUUCAGACAAAUAUAACUUUUGAACUGAC